AUGGGAGCAACAAUCACGUUGUGGUCACCAAGGAGGAGGACGACGCGGGUCGUACAAGUCCGCACAAGACAUUCGACGUUUUAUGGACACUACUUUACCAUUACCAAUGAAUUCCUGGUGAAGGAUAUUCGACAACAACGACAGGAAGAUAUUGCUGCCGACAGUACAGUUGUGGCGACGGUCGAAAUUACAGUCGAUGUCUUUUAUACCACCUACGCCAAUCAAACGGGAUGGGAACUGCGCAAUCUCGAUACCACGGAAGUCUUGGCGGUCGUAUCGACUGGAAACACACUCGCACCGGCCCUCGAGUCUUACACGUUCCAUGCCGAACGAGGACACACGUACCAACUACAAUUGCGCGACACGACGGGUCAAGGCAUGACCGGGGGAUGGGCCAGUCUAUGGGUUGGAACGGUUCUUCAAUGGAAAUCUGAUGAAGACGAACCACCCUUUAUCGACGAAUUGACACAUACGUUUGUAUUGUAG